UCGUAAAGGGAAAUGCAUGGCUAUUAAAGAUGUGUGGGAUACCAUGACAAGUGUAACAGUGCUAACAAUAAAAAUAUGUGUAUAUUUUGGUAACUGCCUCCUUUAUAAGCAAGCUCGGCUUUACUUUUCGCUUUUCAAUUUUCUUCUUUUUGUUAUUUUAUUCGUCAUGGCACCCAUCGACGAUUUUACAAGUUAUGAGCACUACCUGGUAGCACGGCAAGCCGUCACCGAGAAUGCCGUUAAUCGACUUACACCAACUGAUGAUCAAAAGACCAUUCUCAUUAUUAUUGGUGUUUACACAGCUGCCAUCUUGGUUUUAUGGAAUAUGCCAAUAGCAAAGAUCGUUUUAUCGCCCUUCAAAUUAUUGACUGUAGGUUUACAUGAAUUUUCACAUGCGUUUGUGGGUUGUUUGACCUGUGCUAAAAUCGAUUCUAUUGAAAUUGAUCCAGAUGAAGGUGGUGUCACUAGAAUGCGUGGCGGUAUUCCAAUGUUGACAUUACCUGCUGGUUAUCUGGGAUCUUCAUUGAUUGGAGCAAUCCUGGUGAUGUGUGGAUUUAAUAUUAUGGCAUCCAAAAUUGCAUCGAUAUUUUUAGGUGUGUGUUUACUAUUUACAUUAUGGUGGGCCAAAAAUUGGUUGACAAGAGGCAUUGGGAUUGCUUUUAUUGGUGUCAUGGUCUUUCUCUGGUGGUUAGCGCAUGGUGUUGGGUUGAAAUAUUUUGUCUUGUUUGUGGGUGUCAUGUCAUGUCUCUACUGUCUUUGGGAUAUAUUAGAUGAUUUAGUGUUUAGAAAGAUACAUGAAUCAGACGCUUCCAAAUUCGCCAAAGUAUGUGGCUCUUGUAUGUCAAGCAGAGUUUGGGGCAUCUUUUGGUUUAUUAUUAGUUUGGUCUUCUUCAUUGCUGGUAUUCUAAUUGGCUUGGCAGCAUUCAAGGAAGAUCAACAAACUCAGCAGCAACAAGCGCAGGGUUUCGGGUGGUAGAAAACCAGGACAAUUUUGUAAAUAAAGCUAUUUCUUUAAUUAAUAUACGUAAAACACAAUAAUUGAUAAUAUACUCAAAAAAAGAGUUUUUCGAUCUCAUCAUAGAUAAAUUAAAACGGGUCUCUUAGGGACAGCCAA